GAGAUUCAAGAAAGACUCGGCCUGGAGCAAGAGGCGGGUCCCCAGGACCUGGAUGCCUUCUUCGGCCGCCUGGCCUCCGUGCAGUGCUUGAACACACCAGUGGUCGGGCGAGAGAUGGCGGAGCUCGAUUUGAGCCAGAUCCUGGAGGGCAUGAGCCUUUGGCCGCCCGAGCUGAGCCCGGCUGACCGGGAUGAGGUUCUUGCAGCCCUACAGGCGCGCAUCCCGGAUGCGAGAGACGGGCAGUGA